AUGUUCCGAUUUACUGCCCUCGUCGGACCUGUGAGCUUUGCUGUUUCGGCAUUGUGUCUGUCUGUGGUAUCGCCAAUAAGCGGCUCGGAGCUCGAUCUUUCUGAAACGACAAAGGUGGAAUGGUCCUCCUCAGAUUCCGACCCCUUCACCUUCAACCUUUACCUCCUCAACAAGGACAAAGUUCCCAGCUUUAAUCUGAAAAUCGCAUCAAACGUAACCACAUCAGACGAUGAGUACACAUUCGACAGCGUUGACGUUCUUCCGGGAUCCGGUUACGUCUUCGACUUCAAAGACGUCUCAUCCAACAACAUACUCGCUCAGUCCGGAGAAUUCAGCGUUGUCAUCUAUGGGGAGAAUACCACUACUUCCUCAGCCACCUCUACGGUCACCGCUACAAGCACUGGUAAUGAGACGGACUCAAGCACUGACGCGCAGACUGGGGCUGCAGCACGCACUUUCGGGCUGCCCGUGGCUGUGGGUGCGAUGAGUGUUGUUUUUGGGAUGGCGUAUGCAUUACAAGGGAAUAUUUGA